UGCAGAGUCGGCGCCGCUCGCAGGCCGCCUGCUGCCGCGCUCUGGGCCCCGGGUUGGGGACCCCGACGCCCCGCCGCUGCGCGCAGGGUGAGUCCGACGCUCCAGCACCUGCGCUCCUGAAGGCCCGGCGCAGCUCAGGCUCCCGCACCUGCUCGGCCUACGCCCGUCCCCCGCCUUCCUCCAGGCGCUGCCUUGUGCAUUCAUUGGCUCAUCCUCGUAUUCAACAGUCGUGGGCUGGGCACCUGACCUGUGCCAGGUGCUGGGAGAACAUGACCCUGAGGUUCACAGCCAGGGAGACAGACACAGCAGGCAGCACAGGGCUUGCGGGGGCCCCAGCAGCCCUUACAGCCCAGGAGACGGGUCUCUCUAGGGGGCUGCAAAGGGAGCCUUCUCCCCAGCUGGUCCCCUCCGCCCCCUUACUUUUUUAGGCUGCACACCUCAGCCAGGUCCCGCGUGGGCCAGUGGAUCAAGUGUAGACUCCUGUGCCUAGCAGCCAAGGCCCUCAGUUUCACCCCAUUCCAUCCCUCUCCCCGCGAUCCCACACACCAGGUACCACCGCCACUGGCCACACUGACUGACAGGUCCCUUCCUACCUCUGUGCUCUGUCUUCCCAUCUUCUACUGAGCAAACUCCUACUUGUCCUUUAAGAUCCACUAAACGUCACUCCUUGGGAAACUCUCCCUGACUCCCCCACAAAUAAUUAGCUGCACUGUUGCCUGGCUCCCCAGCCUUUUAUGCCCCCUCCAUUAUGGCACUUACAGGGGGAGUCAUUGUCACAGAUCUGCCUGUCUGUCUCCCCGCUGGAGCAUCUCCAAAUCCCAGCACCUCACACAGAACCUGGCACUAUGAGACCCAGCGAGUGCCUGGGGAAGGGACAGAAGCCCAGCCCUGUGCUGUGCGCUGUGUUUGCACCUGGUUCUUUCAUUGAUUCAUUCAUACAUGCCUUUGAUUCCUGCCCAUGGGAUUUACAAUCCAGGUAAGAAGAGGAACAGAAUCUGGUGGUGUUGAGAGCUGGCAUAAGCCCAGCAGGUUGGGAGACUCAUGGUUAGAGGCUAGAGUGAGCUCUGGGGUGAGGCCCCAGGAAUGUUCCAAAAGGAGGGAGAGCCAGCAUUUGUCUGCAAGAAAGGGUAGGACUCAGUUAGGUGGAAGGUAGGGGCAACAGUAUAAGCAAAUGCUUAUAAGUAGGUUAUAGUGGGUAAUGACAAUAAAAUGCCUCAUGUUUACAGUGAUUUACAGUUUACAAUUGCUAGUAUCACCUCAUUUGAAUCCUGAGUAGUGGGUAAUGCUGGCUUCUUCCUGUUAUGAGGGAUGGAAGGGCGAUAAUCCCCCUCCCUCCUGUUAUGGGGGUUGAAAGUCAUAGCUGGGGUCACUGACUUACAUGUUGGGUGCUUUGCAUACCUCAUUUGUUCCUCCCCACAAUCACAGAGUUAUUAUGAUCCCCACUUUAUGGAUGAGGAAACAGGCUCCUCAGAACAAGACAGUUGCCAAAGGACUCAAUUAGAGGUCACAGAGCUGAUAUUUAAAACCUGAUGCUGUGCUCUCUCCACUAUGUCAAUUGGCUGGAAUGGAAGCCCCUUUCUUUUUCUCUUUCCAUCUUUUUCUUCCCUUCAGUUAUUCAGCAAGUAUUUAUUGAAAGGAUGAACAAUUGGUCAUUGUGAGGAAGUGAGGUACAGUAGGGCUGUGAAGGUGGGCUGGGGCCAGACCACGUCGGUGGUGUACACAGCUGCCACUGUACACGGCUGGUCAUUAUUCCUUUAGCAGCCCCACGAGUCCCCAAAGAAACCUAGGAGCUAAAUAAAACAGUGAGUGCAGUGUGCAAAUGGAGCUUUAUGUCCUCUAGCCUGCUUCCUGCUUCUUUGUUCCUCCUGCCUGGGAGGAAUAGAUAAUUCUGGAGCCACCUUAGUGGGCAAUGGGGGAGCUCCUGAUGGUUCAUGAGCAGGAGAUUUAUGAGUAGAGUGGGGUCCCAGGCUACAGGGAGAUGUCUAUCCACAAGGGAUGGUGGCCAAGGGCUGAAUGGAAAGAGGCAGGCAGGGGGAGAGGGGCAGAGGGUGUGGGUAUUCCCAGGGCCUUGAGAGUGGACAUGGCCCCUUCUCUUCAGCCUUCCAUUAGCAAGGAUGUCACUGAGCUCUUGCCUGAUGACAGCCAGAUCUUUCCACAGUUAGUCUGCCUCUCCUGCUAUCAUUCAUCUCAUGCCUCCAUCCUGUGUCACCAAUGCAUUAGCCUAGUGCCAACACGCAAAGUCCCCUUUGCCCAGGCUCCCUGACCCGAUGCCUGCUCCCACCUCUAGCUUCCUCCCUCUUCUCUGCUCCCGGCGUGCUCUGACCCCAUUUCUCACCCAUCAUAGGUCAUCUUGUCUUGGAUCUGGCCCAGGCCCGGUCCACGUUGGUGCUGCCCACAGGCCUUAUCGCCGCGGCUGGCACCAUGACGGUGACCCUGCACAGCAGCCGGGAGCUGCCCUCAAGGCCUGACGGGGUGCUGCAUGUGGCCCUGCCCACUGUGCUCACCCCACUGGCCCCGCCAGGCCCGCCGGGGCCCCCCAGGCCUCCGGGGCUCUGUGACGACAGGCCUGGAGAGCCCCUCUCAUGCCCUGCGGGCAGAUGCCCCCCCUCAUGCCAGCUCUGCAGCCACCAUCUGUGUCACACUGGCAGAGGGCCACCACUGUGACCGGGCCUUGGAGAUCCUGCUACACCCCAGUGAGCCCCAUCAGCCACACCUGAUGCUGGAGGGCGGCAGCCUGAGCUCAGCAGAAUAUGAGGCCCGGGUAAGGGCCCGCCGAGAUUUCCAGAGGCUACAGCGAAGGGACAGUGAUGGGGACCGGCAGGUGUGGUUCCUGCAGCGACGCUUCCACAAGGACAUCCUGCUGAACCCUGUGCUGGUGCUGAGCUUCUGCCCGGACCUGAGCUCCAAGCCCGGACACCUGGGGACAGCUACUCGGGAGAUACUCUUCCUGUUGGAUGGCAGCAGCGCGGCACACAAGGAUGCCAUUGUUUUGGCUGUGAAGUCCCUCCCGCCUCAGACGCUUAUCAACCUGGCCGUGUUUGGGACGUUGGUGCAGCCACUCUUCCCAGAGAGCCGGCCUUGCAGUGAUGACGCUGUGCAGCUGAUCUGUGAGACCAUUGAGACCCUGAAGAUUCCGAGCGGGCCUCCAGACGUGCUGGCUGCUCUGGACUGGGCCAUGGGGCAGCCCCAGCACAGGGCCUACCCUCGGCAGCUGUUCCUGCUCACUGCUGCCUCACCCAUGGCUGCCACUACCCACCGAACCCUGGAGCUCAUGAGGUGGCACAGGGGGACAGCCAGAUGCUUCUCCUUUGGGCUGGGGCCCACCUGCCACCAGCUGCUCCAGGGUUUAUCUGCCCUCAGCAGGGGCCAGGCCUACUUCCUGAGGCCUGGGCAGAGGCUGCAGCCCAUGCUGGUGCAGGCUCUGCGGAAGGCACUGGAGCCUGCCCUGAGUGAUAUCUCUGUGGACUGGUUUGUGCCCGACACCGUGGAGGCACUGCUGACCCCCCGGGAGAUCCCAGCACUCUACCCUGGGGACCAGCUCCUCGGUUACUGCUCACUCUUCAGGGUGGAUGGCUUCCGGCCCUGCCCACCAGGGGGCCAAGAGCCUGGCUGGCAGAGCUUGGGUGGGUCCGUGUUUCCAUCCCCAGAAGAGGCCCCAUCUGCUGCCAGCCCUGGCACUGAGCCCACUGGCACCUCGGAGCCACUGGGAACAGGCACCGUGUCAGCAGAACUGUCCAGCCCAUGGGCUGCCGGGGACUUGGAGCGGACAGGUACUGAUGCUCUGACAGACCCAGUCACGGAUCCUGGACCCAACCCCUCCUCUGACACAGCCAUAUGGCGCCGCAUCUUCCAGUCCUCGUACAUUCGGGAGCAGUAUGUGCUCACCCACUGCUCUGCCAGCCCCGAGCCAGGCCCAGGCUCCACAGGCAGCAGUGAGUCCCCAGGCUCCCAGGGCCCUGGCUCCCCCGAAGGUAGUGCUCCCCUGGAGCCCCCUUCUCAGCAAGGUUGUCGCAGUCUGGCCUGGGGAGAACCUGCAGGCUCCCGCUCCUGUCCCCUGCCUGCACCCACACUGGCUCCAUUCAAGGUGGGGGCCUUGAGUACUGAGGUGCUGGGCCGUCAGCACAGAGCGGCUCUGGCUGGCCGAAGCCUCUCUUCACCUCCAGGCCGGGCAAACCAAGUCCCCGGCCGACCUCGGAAACCCUCUUUGGGUGCAAUACUAGAUGGCCCAAGUCCUGAGCCAGGCCAACAAUCGGGACAAGGCCUGGAUGACUCAGGAAGCCUGCUCUCCCCAGCCCCCAUGGACUGGGACAUGCUGAUGGAACCACCCUUCUUAUUCACGGCUGUGCCUCCCAGUGGGGAGUCGGCCCCUCCGGCAGUGCCUCCCCAGGCUCCACGCUGCCAUGUGGUGAUCCGGGGCCUGUGUGGGGAGCAGCCUAUGUGCUGGGAGGUGGGUGUUGGGCUGGAGACACUGUGGGGACCUGGAGAUGGCUCACAGCCUCCCUCACCUCCUGUAAGAGAAGCUGCUUGGGACCAAGCACUCCAUCGGCUGACAGCAGCCUCUGUGGUCCGGGACAAUGAGCAGCUGGCCCUCCGAGGAGGGGCCGAGACCACAGCAGACCGGGGCCAUGCCCGGAGGUGCUGGCUUCGAGCCCUUCAGACAAGUAAGGUCAGCUCUGCCCCUUCCUGCUUCACUUGCCCUGUAGCUGUGGAUGCUACCACUAGGGAGGUCCUGCCUGGGGUCCUGCAGGUGUGCAGCUCAGAACCAGCUGAGCCCCCAGGAACCCCUCCUGCCGCUCACAGCCGUCUAGAUGCAGCUCCUCUGCCUACUGUUGUCUACUCUAAAGGUAGGGAAAGGGUAGGGGCACUUGGACUUAGAGACCACCCGCUGGCACUGAUGAUCCCCACUGCAGGACUUCAGGGAGGCUCUCCAGCAGGCGCCUGGGACUCGGACCGAAAUGGCAACUCCAAGUGUGCUUUGGAGGACGCUGCCACUCCCAUGGAAGGUCCUCGCCGCCCACCUCCCCGUCCUCCCUCUCGGCUUAGCCUGGGCCGCCGUCACAAACUCUGUAGACCUGACCUGGGCCAGGCCAACAACAGUGAAGGCAUCGACCAUGACUACCUGCCCCUGGUGCGGCUGCAGGAGGCACCAGGCUCCUUCCGCCUGGACGCGCCCUUCUGUGCCGCUGUGCGCAUCUCGCAGGAGCGCCUCUGCCGCGCCUCGCCCUUUGCCGUGCACCGUGCCAGCCUCAGCCCCACCUCGGCCUCAUUGCCCUGGGCACUUCUAGGCCCUGGUGUUGGUCAGGGUGACAGUGCCACAGCCUCCUGCAGCCCAUCCCCCAGCUCGGGCUCCGAGGGUCCGGGCCAGGUGGACAGUGGGCGGGGCUCAGAUACCGAGGCCUCGGAGGGGGCGGAAGGGCUGGGCGGCACCGACCUGCGGGGCCGGACCUGGGCCACUGCCGUGGCGCUCGCCUGGCUAGAGCACCGAUGCGCUGCUGCCUUUGGCGAGUGGGAACUGACAGCAGCCAAGGCUGAUUGCUGGCUGCGGGCCCAGCACUUGCCUGACGGCCUUGAUCUGGCCGCCCUCAAGGCCGCAGCCCGGGGGCUCUUCCUGCUACUGCGCCACUGGGACCAGAACCUGCAGCUACACCUGCUGUGCUACAGCCCAGCAAACGUGUGAAGGCUGCCCGCUGCUGCUUGGGUUGGCGCCCCACCCAACACACUAGACACUGCCGCCCAGGACUGGCCUCUUGGUGCUGGGAAGGUGUAGGCUGGUGCCAGCCUGUCCCCCACUGCUUCUUACUCCCUCCCUAGAGCCCUCUUGCCCCCACAAGAAGUGCCUGCCUGUGCUCUCUCCCGCUCCUCCCACCCCACACACCCUCCCCUCCAUCCUCUGAGCUCCCUGCAGCACAGUGGAAGGGGAGAGAGCCACAGUCCCCAAAUCCUAUGCAAUAAAGUGCCUCUUAGGA